AUGAACAACAUAGACUGUGCGGUGAAGUGGGCAUUUAUCAAGCUCGAUAAUACUAUCCUCGAUGCUGGCCAAGCUGCGCUUCUCGACGCCGAUCCGUGCGAUGCCACCGCAAUGUCAGUUCUCGCACCGGCCAUUGCUGGGUCUUGUGUGGUGUUGUCCAUCUUUGAUCCGGAGACCAAAACCUUGCGCGUGGCGAGCGUCGGCGACUCUCGGGCCGUCCUAGCUUCUCACAACAGAGACAUGGCCACAGGAGAAAGAAACAGUAACAGCAGUGCAUACGAACCAGGGGCGCUCUCCGAGGAUCAAAAUGCCGAGAACAAGGACGAAGUGUCCCGCAUCAAGGCGGCUCAUCCCGGCGAGCGGGGCGAGGAGCUCUUCAACUGA